AUGGCCGUUGAGGGCUUGCCUGAGAACAUGGCCAAGUUGAGGAGUCAGCACUCCCCUGUGUCCCCUCCGUCGUCCUCAGACAAGGCCAUCUACAUCCCAUCCUCCAUCAUGGAUGAACAGGACGAUGACUUGUAUGACGAAAUGUAUGACAGUGAAUACAACGAGGAAUACUCCGGAUUUCCCGAGGAGGAGAAGGUGCUGAUCUCACCCUUCGAGAAGUUCAAUGACACUGGCAUCAUCCAGAAAGGUAAGAAGGUGGACAUCCAUGGUGACUCCAUUGGGACCAACAGCAAAAACAACAUUGAGUGGAACCAUCCCCAGGGCUCCCUGCCACCUCGGAGAACUCCUCCUGGCCACCAUAGCCCUGGCAGUGGCCACUGGGAUCCUCUGAGCCAUGAGGCCACCAAGGUCACUGAGGUCACUGAGGUCACUGUGUGGCCACCGUGGGCUCUCCUCUCCAUGGCCCCCCUGGCUCAGACCCUGGCACUGCUGGCAACGGCCGUGGCCGCCGUGGCCAUCCAAGCGGUGCCCCUGGACAUGGCCCAGAACUCCUUUGAUGACCAGUACCUGACCUGUGCCGAUAACAUGACCGAGAAGGUGCCAGAACUCAAAUGCACCGAGUUCCUCCAGAAUGAGGAGUUUGCCCAGCACUGGUCUGAGGCCAGGGACGUGUGGGAGAAGCGGGGGAGACUCAAUGCUCAUCUGAGCCAGGAUGAGGCCGUCGCCCUCAUGAUGUACACCAUGGGGAAGGUGCACAAGGAGUUCAACAAUGCAGUGCACGAGGCCGGGUACUCCUACCAGCAAUACCAGAACAACUUCCACUUCAAAAUGCUGCAUUUCCUGCUCACCCGGGCCCUGCAGAAGCUCAGAGACCCCAACAAGUGCCAAAACGUGUUCAAGGGGGAGAGUGGGAAAAAGUACAAGGUGAAGAAAGGCGACGAAGUUCGUUUCGGUUACUUUGCAUCGACGUCACUGAGCCGCGAGGUCUCGGAGGGGUACGGGACACGCACGAUGUUCCACGUGCACACGUGCCACGGUGCUGACAUCCAGGAAUUCUCCUUCAAUUCCAACCACAAGGAGGUGCUGAUUCCACCCUUCGAGACCUUCAAGGUCACCAAUGUCACGUGUGAAGGGGCCACGAUGAACAUCGAGCUGAACUCCACCAGGAACUCCAGCAACCGCGACUGCGACUGGCUGCCAGGUGGGACCCUCCCCAGGACCUCCCCACACCUCUGGGGGCUUCUUCUAGCCACUGUGGCCAUGGCAGUGGUCACUGGAAGCCUCUGUGCCAUGAGACCACCAAGACCACAGUGA